CCCCACGUCCACCCCACCACGCAGGCGCAUCUCCUUAAAUCCAGUCCCUACACCCCUCCUGUUUCCCUGCGUUAAGUUCUCCCUCCUCUUUCUGCACCUCAGCAGGUUCACACUCUUCUCCGUGAGGGUGGCGGCGAUAGAGAGGUCACGUGAUGAGCAUCUUGCUGCCCAACAUGGCGGAGUUCGAUACCAUCUCGGAACUGGAGGAGGAGGAGGAAGAAGCGGCAACGUCGUCGUCGUCGCCGUCGUCGUCGUCGUCGGUAUCAGGGCCUGACGAUGACGAGGAAGAUGAGGAGGAGGAGGAAGAAGAAAACGAAGAGGAGGAGGAGGAAGAAGAGGAGCAAGUGGAGGAAACGCCGCCCCCGCCUCGGGUAGUGAGCGAAGAGCAUCUACGGAGAUAUGCCCCCGACCCUGUAUUGGUGCGGGGCGCCGGCCACAUCACUGUGUUUGGCUUGAGCAACAAGUUUGAUACUGAAUUUCCCUCAGUUCUAACAGGGAAGGUGGCCCCAGAAGAAUUUAAGACCAGCAUUGGCCGUGUGAAUGCAUGUUUGAAAAAGGCUCUCCCAGUCAAUGUGAAAUGGUUGCUCUGUGGUUGUCUCUGCUGCUGUUGCACAUUGGGUUGCAGCCUGUGGCCUGUUAUUUGUCUCAACAAAAGAACCAGAAGAUCAAUUCAAAAGUUGUUAGAAUGGGAAAAUAACAGAUUGUAUCACAAGCUUGCUUUGCACUGGAAGUUGACUAAAAGGAAAUGUGAAACUAGCAAUAUGAUGGAGUAUGUAAUACUAAUAGAAUUCUUACCAAAAUAUCCCAUAUUCCGACCUGACUGAGGAGUUUUAUUCAGUCACUUCUGUUUUACCUGUCAUUUCCUACCCUUAGUGCCUUGUAGAUGAUUUUGGAAUGAAGAUGGUCUCCUUUGCUGUGUUCAAUUUAUUCUUUAUAAUGGUAGAAUAUUCUCCUCACACUUUUCAUUUGUGUUGAUUUAAGAAGAAAUUUUGCACAUCCUUUUUGUUGUUGUUAAAUGAGGCUUGUAUUUUGCACUGUCAAUUUUUAAAUAAAUACACACAUAUAUGUGUAUGUGUAUAUAUAUAUAUAUAUAUAUAUAUAUAUAUUUGCCACUAAAUAUAACAUCAGUGCAGGUGUUUAAAAAACAAAAACAUGUUCUGAGCAUGCUGCCUUAUAAUUUUCAUACUUACUGUUUCUAAAUAUGCAUCAUUUUUCUAGGCUAUUUAAUGCUCUGUAAUCCCUUACUGAACAUACAUAAAUAAGCUUUUGGUAGCUUUAGAAACGGUUUUACUCGUACCUGCUUUUAAAGGACAUGCAAUUAAUAGCACUGGUUUUGUCCUGCACUUUGCUUAAUUAUCACUUAUAUUAGUGGAUAAAAUAUUUAAACUCCUAAAGACCUGUAAAUAUUGUUUCUUUGCAUAAAGUAAAAAAAUGUGAUAUGUCAUGGUUUACAGAAUGUACUGUUAUUCUUAAUGUGUUGCCAACAAUUCUGCAUAAAUUUUAAUGUGAAUGAAGUUUGCAAGCAUCCUUUCGAAUGUAUAGAUUGUUAACAUGCUGUGUUAUGGCAAAGCCAUAAUAAGUAUGUUAAAAAUUUCAGGUGUGGGCAGGAUGGCCCUUUGUAAUGAGAAGAUUAAAAUUGAAAUCAUUGUCUGAGAUCUUCUGCAUUGCACCUGAAACCAAGAACCUUAUUUUUUCCAUUUAGUUCAGUACAUCCCAUUUUGUCCUCCACUUACAAAAGAAUUCAUUUGACAUCUGACACAUUUCACAGCCUCACUCUCCUCAUUUGUCUCCCUUUAUGUAUCCUUUUCUUCACUUGGAAA